AUGGCUGCAACUACUCCCCAAGGACGCCUUCAAGGCAAAAAUGCUAUCAUUACCGGUGCAGGCGGCGGCAUUGGUCUCGAAACCAGUAUCCUCUUCGCCCGCGAGGGCGCCAAUGUUCUCAUGGCCGAUGUCUCGGAGGCCGCUCUCGAAAAAGCAUUGGCCAAGGUAAAGGAAGUCGUUCCCGCCGCCCCUCGCGUUGAAUCGAUCCGCUGUGAUGUGUCCAAGGAGUCGGAUGUGCAGGCAAUGGUCGAGUCACAGGACAGCUGGGGAGGCACCGAUGUGAUCUUCAACAACGCUGGAAUCAUGCAUGCCAAUGAUGCCGAUGCCAUCGAUACCCCCGAGAAGAUUUGGGAUCUUACACACAACAUCAAUGUCAAGGGUGUCUGGUUUGGCAGCAAGCAUGCCGUUCUCAGUCUGCGUCGUCACAAGAAGGCCCGUGGUAGCAUCAUCAACACGGCCAGUGUGGUGGCGCUAGUUGGUGCUGCUACUCCUCAGUUGGCGUACACUGCUAGUAAGGGUGCAGUGCUGGCGAUGACUCGGGAGUUGGCUAUUGUUCACGCUCGUGAGGGAUUCCGUUUCAAUGCUUUGUGUCCCGCCCCCCUCAACACACCCCUUUUGCAAGACUGGUUGGGUGACGACAAGGAUAAGCGGUUCCGUCGUGAGGUGCACUUCCCCACCGGUCGGUUCGGCGAACCCAUUGAGCAGGCCCACGCCGUGGUAUUCCUCGCCAGCGACGAGAGCAGCUUCGUGAAUGGAACUGACUUUGUGGUUGAUGGUGGAAUGACUAAGGCCUACGUGACCCCGGAGGGUCCGGCCACUCCUGCGCCUCAGAACAAUGGCCACUAA